AUAAUAGUAGAUUUAGGAACUUCCUCGCGCCAUCUAUUAGAUCAAUACGAGUUAUUGACAAUUUUUCUUCUAUUCUUUUUCGAUCGAUCGAGCAACAAAAGAAAGAAAAUGAUUGCGCAUGUAUAGAAUGCCUGCGCCUAAGGAAAGCACAGAUAGACGUCGACCGUGUCGAGUUAGUCGGUUGUCAACGUUGUUUUUUAAUCGAACAAUGUAUUCUAAUUCAACGAGAGAAAAAAAUGUCGAGGAAUUGUUUGGUUCCGAUUAUUCCGAUGAGGAAGUCAACGACGUCAGAAAGAAAGAUUUGUACAGUCCAACAACUGAAUACGAAGAAUCGAUACAGGCUAUGUGUGAUAUUUAUGGACAGACACCACCGAGAACACGUCUCAGUCGUAAAAAAAGGCACAUGAAACAGAAACUGGCAAUAGGUGAGACAAAAUCUUCGGAGAAGGAAUAUCGAUCAAAAGUUGGUAUUAGAAGGAGAAAUACUUUGGAUACGAUUAUCUUCAAUGUAAUGUGCGACGAGGCAGAUAAAUGUCGUGAAAAUGAAGCGAAGGAAGAAAUUGUAAAUCGAAAAUCUAAAAGGAGUUUGAAACUUUUACGCGGUAAUGAAAGAGAUUUGAAACUCGACGUUGAAGCUGCCCUUAAUUAUGCUGAAAAAUCAGAACGUUUGAUGCCAUACACACCGAACAAUAUGAAAAUUGAAACGAAAAAUAGAUUUCGUAGUUUAAGAUCAAAGCCAAUUGACGUUGAGGAGAAAAAACAGGAAACGAAAGGGAUCCAUUUGACUCUUUUGUCGGACGAAAAAGAAAUUAUAUCGCAAUCGCCAAUGGCACAAAGUUAUUCAGAGCGACAGACCUUUCAUGAUACAUUUUCAAUUCUUAUUAAAUUGGGAAGUACAGAACGUAAUUGUCGUAGACAAAUGAGUCAUGAAGAGACCCGAUGGCAAAAUGAAUUGAAAGAUUUGAUUUGGUUGGAGUUACAGGCACAUCAUGCUGAUCGUAGUCCAAUGGCUCAGGAUGAAUAUUUAUGCAAACAACGAGAAGCAGUAGGCUCAUUACUUAAAGAAAUAAUAGAAUAUAAAUAUAAUCAAACUGUAGUAAAUCAUCCGGUUUCAUGUUAUUCAAAUGAUUUCAAUGAACAGAGUGUAAAUUCUGGUUCAGGUUCAGGAAUAGAGCAUACUUUAUGCUCUGGUUGUCUUUCAAUGUAUUGUCGAGCAUGUGUACGUGCACAAGGAGAAGCCUUAAGACAAGUAGAAGGAUUGUUAGCCCGAUUAGAGGCUGCAGAAGCAUUAUAUCCAUCGUCUCAAGCAUUUGCUGUUCAUUAUCCUUUAUAUAAGAGUCCAGAAUUUACUGGAAGAGUUAAAGCUAUGUGCCUAUGGUAUAAUAUGACUAAACAUCAUAGAUUAAAAUUACAGAUUUUAGGAAAAUUAUUAAUGAUGCUUCAUACUAAGAAAAAGCAAGAUGAAACGUCUGAUUCUGGGAUAAGUUCUCGAGCUUCGGACAUGACUGAUGGUUCGGAACCACGACGAGCCAUGAUUCGUUUUGAAUUAUCUCAACAAGAUGAAAUUUCAAAUCCAUCUGACAGUAACAAUAGUAAUACUUCGUCUCUUGGUGGAAUGUCCUUGGCACAAUCAUGGCCAUCUACUCCAGAAUCUUCAUUUUCAUAUGCUGAUGAUGAAAGACACGAUCGUCUUGAUUUCUAUUUAGUAGAAUUUGAUCGUCUUGCUUACAGAAAGUACAUAGAGGAUGUACUCAAGACUAGAGGACUGAGGAAGAGUCUUAAUUUUUUGGAAAGACUACAUAUUUCUGUACUUAGAAAAGCAAGACUUACUUUAGAGAAAAACGAUAAGUAUGAUAACGAUAGUGCUAAUGAGGAAUACGACGGUGAUAAAGAAUUAAAGAGAUACGGUGUAUGGAGUGCAGAAGCUAAAGAAUUAAAUCUUCCAUCUUAUAGAGCUGCUUUUCUAUUCUUGUCGCGUGUUCCAUUAGAUGUGGUACAUGAAUUUUUGAGAAUGAGAUUAGAACAAAAGCCAGAACAACCAAGUCCAUUGUCGGUACGUCAAUUGAUGCGUGAACUACGAGAAGGACUUAGAAUUGCUUGUAUACAUCGAGAUAGAUUUUCUGCUCAUUCUCGUGCUGCCAUAGCUAGUGAUCCUUUCGCAUGUAAUACUCUAUUCGAGGCUGACGUGAAAGAAUUCGAUGAGAGCCUGAAAGCUGUAUUUGAAGUUUAUUUAAAUUAUUUGCAACAAUGGGUAGAUAUGGUUCAGCAUGAUAGCUUUCAUAAAAAUUUAAUAAUGGACGAAUGGACCUUCGUUAAAUCUAUUGCUGGAAAUAUUAUUGACGGAUACAAAAUAGCUGGAGUUAAAUUUUGCGAAAUUGCUAGAACAAUGAUUAUACAAGUUAAAGAAUUUCUCGUGGAACGACCUAAGGAGAUCAAGGAAUGCGUGGAUGACAGAGAAGAUGAUGAUGAAUGGUCAGGCAAAUUUCAUUUGAUGUAUGUGGGACGCGAAUGGCAAGGAAUGUUUGUGGAAGCUCGGGAAAAGGUUGUCAAGAGUGUUACCUUGGCUAAAUGUUUAAAGCGUGACAUUGAAAAAUGGCCAGCACUUAAUAACGAGUUAGAAGAAUCUUUGGUAGCAUUGAAGGAAAUAGUUAUGGAUUUGAGAUGUCGUAUAACGAUAGUGAUCGAGGAAUUUCAAAAUGAUCUUAAUCAAGCAGAAGAACCUAAAGCUGAAUCUGAUCGUACGGCAAUACGUUCACGUAUCAGGGAAAUACUUCAUCAGGCAUAUAGAAUGGGAUUCGAUUAUCACAAAGAGAUGUGUAAUUUAUUUUUGUCAGAAGAAAAAUCUGUUCUAGCACGUGGCCUAGUAUCCUUCGCAUUUCUUUGGAUGGAAUUUGUAAGAAUCAGAUGUGAACGUGGUAGAGGCUUGAGACCUAGAUGGGCAAAUCAAGGAUUAGAAUUUUUGAUAAUAGUUUGUGAGCCUCAUUAUACUAAACAUUUAACUGACGAAGAAUUUGAAGAAUUAAAAACAUCAAUGGAUCGUUGCAUUUCUCAUGUCAUUGGAACAGCAUCUGUAUCAUCUUCAGAAAUAGAUACCUUGAAAAGAUUACCUCGAUCAAGAGCAUCCUCUCCAUCUCAUUCUCGUAGCAGAACAGCAAGUAUAAGUACCUUACAAAAGACACGAGAUAUUUUAAAAUCCCCUGAACUUUUAUUGAAUACGAGAAAAUCAAUUUCACCAAACAUAAUUGACGGUGGUAUCCUUGUUGUAAAUUCAAAUAUGCCUAGACAAGAUAGAAUAGUCAAAGCUAUAAAAAAAGUGGAUCAUAAUAUCGAUGAGAGAUUGAAAAAUCAUGAACUCAUUGGUCAAGUAACCGACAUGAAGGCUGUUGAUAGAGUUCAUAUAAAAGCUAGACGAGUGACGUUUACUUGGCAAAGAGGAAUUAAAAUAGGCCAAGGAAGAUUUGGAAAAGUAUAUACCAUAGUAAAUAAUCAAACUGGUGAAUUAUUAGCAAUGAAAGAGGUACAAUUACAACCUGGUGAUCAUAGAGCAAUUAGAAGAAUAGCAGAAGAACUUCAGAUCUUUGAAGGAAUACAAGAUAAUCAUCUAGUCCGUUAUUAUGGUUUGGAAAUUCAUCGUGAAGAGAUGUUAAUAUUUAUGGAAUUCUGUGCAGAGGGAACAUUAGAAAGUUUAGUAGCCGGAAGUGGAAAUGGUUUGCCUGAAUCUUUAGUUAGAAAAUACACACAUCAACUUCUUUUAGCUGUAACAGCUUUACAUUCCCAUGGUAUUGUACAUCGUGACAUUAAAACUGCAAAUAUUUUUUUGACAAAUGAGGGCAAUUGUUUAAAACUUGGUGAUUUUGGUAGCGCGGUCCAAAUAAAAGCGCAUACUACAAUGCCUGGUGAACUUCAAGGAUUUGUUGGGACUCAAGCUUAUAUGGCACCAGAAGUAUUUAUGAAGACUGAAAGUAUUGGACAUGGCAGAGCAGUAGAUAUAUGGUCUGUUGGUUGUUGUAUCGUUGAAAUGGCUAGUGGACGUAGACCCUGGUCAGAAUAUGAUUCCAAUUAUCAAAUAAUGUUUAAGGUUGGCAUGGGUGAGACUCCUGCGAUACCAAAGACAUUAUCUUUAGAGGGUAUAGACUUAAUCAAAAAAUGUUUGCAGCAUGAUCCAAAAAAAAGAUAUACCGCUAAUACUCUCUUAACGCUUCCUUUCGCGCAAACGUACGAGGACGUUAAUGCUGAUUUAAAUGUUACACGUUUUUGAUCCUAAUUUUAAAAACAUAUAUAUAUAUAUAUAUAUAUGAUGAUUGCCAUUUAUAGUUACAAAUGAUGUACUUUAAAUGUGUUAGAAAAAAAAUGUUUUAUAUAUUGAAGGACAGCGGAGUCGUCGUCCACUCGAAUUUUAAUUUUUAUUUGUCUAAUCGAAGAAGGUUCCUCCCAUAUCGACGUGAUACAAAAAUAUAUUAUAAAAGAUGAUUUUAUUCGAAAAUAUUAAUAAUAUAUUUUUAACGAUUGUAAUAAAGAUCUUAGAAGAAAAUGAUCUAUAUUUUAUAUAAUUAAGUGAGAAUUUGUUAAAUAUAUCGGAGGGGAAAAUAAAAAAAAAAAAAAAAAAAAAAAAGAAAAAGAAUAUAAAUUUUCAGGCAAACAAGUACGAGUGUGAUGAUAGACAAGUUAGGAUAAUAGUUGGAUUAAUUGUUGUCACAUUCCCUAUUUCACAGAUGUGAAUUAAGCUAAAAUGAAAUAGAAAUUAAGUGGAUAAGAAAAAAGAGAAGAUUCUAAAUGAAUCUUAACAUUAUUCACAAAAACAUCACAUUUUUUUUAUGUAAUGUUGUAUAAUUGUAAUAGUAUUAAAUUUUAGUGAUAUACAAACAUAUAUAUAUAUAUAUAUAUAUAUAUUUUAUAUAUGGAUAUAUAUAUAUAUAUAUAUAUCAUUUUCAUAUUUGAUAGAUAUUUAUGUUGUUAUUCGAAAAAUGUACGUAUUAUAUUUGUGAAAUAAAUAGCGUUAGAGAAGAAAAAUAUAUAAUGAUCAAUUAGUUUAUUAAUAGCACAAGAGGAAAACAUACACUUAAUGCGAGACACAUACACAUAUGUAUUACUUAAUAAAUUUCUUAUACAGAGGUAUGCUGUGUAUAUUUUCUGUGUUAAACAGAGAAAGUCGAUCGUAUUUUUAUAACUCGUUUCAAACAUUAUGAGAUCGUGUAUGUUUUACGUGCUAAAGUAUCGAAGCUGUGUCUGUGUCUGUAUGUGUGUUAGUCGUACAUCUAAUAAUAAAUAAAACAAUGGAUUUAUAGAUAUAUA